AGGAUGAGAGAGGGAGGGGUCUGACUGGAUGGGUCCUUAAAAAAGGAGAGCAGGAAACAGUAGAACUCAACUCACAAACAGAGCGCUGACAUGACCAGACUACAGGAGACUAUCACCAUGACGAUGUUGACCCUUCUACUGCUUCUCGGCGCUGCCUUUACACUGGGCGACAGAAUGACUGCGCGCAUAGCAAAUGAUUUGGUGACAUUUGCAGCAGACCGAAGAAACCCAUGCCCCAGAGGCUGGUUCCAAUUUAAUUCGCGCUGCUUCAUGUUUGUCAAAACUGCAAGGACAUGGCCCAAUGCAGAGCGCCACUGUCAGUUACUUGGAGAAAAACUGAAGCCUGUGUACAACACUGUAAAGUACCUUGGCGCAAACCUGGCAUCUGUGCACAGCUAUGAAGAGUCCCAAUUUGUACAGGCGGUGGUGUUGAUCGCGACUGGCAGUUUCCCUCUUACCUGGAUUGGCGGAUUUGAUGCUGUUCAAGCAAAUGUGGAAAAGGACAGGCUAUGGUUCUGGAGUGACGGCUCCAAAUUUGAUCACGAGAGCUGGGCUGAAGGGGAGCCGAAUAACCACAAUGGUCGCAGAGAGCCAUGUAUUCAGAUCAACUUUGAGGUGCUUGGAACCAAAAAUAGAUUUUUGUUUUGUAUGAUACCCAUCAAGGACGAGACUGGCGAGGCCACCUCCAAGGCGAUGGUGGACAUCAACACCCACGGUCAUCUUGAGUUUGGGGACUGGACCAACCAGACCCUCAAGACCGCCAUGGGCAAGUCCCUUGAUUGGUACCAGGAAGGAUGUGAGAACAACCUGAAGAUCCCUGAAACCCCACCUGAUGUGGUGGAAGUUUUUGAACCAGAUCAGAACGCCUUCGAGGACCACCUUCCUAUGAAAUGUAUAUGA